UCGGAACUCACGACAGACAUCGCGCAUGCGCAUUGCGCGCAGAUUCAAACAUCGGCCGAAGGAAGGCGAUAGAAUGGCAAAAGAAGGGCACGUAUCCAGACUCUUAAAUAUCCCCCUUAUCUAUGAAGGUGGAUGUUGGUAAAACGUACAGUUGGAGCAAGUCGCAAUGUCAAUGCGAUCCACUGUGUUUCGGAGUGGACAACACAGAGUCGACACAAGCCUAAUAGAGCCUGACAACCUGAAACAGAGCUGCAACUUCACCGCUAAUGUGCUGAGCACAAUCCACAACAGUGAAAAUCAUCAGCACCCACGCAACAAAGCAAAGAUCAGCCGUCAGAGCGUGGCGUGUUGUCGUGAUCAGUCUCCAACAAGAAGAGAGGAGGAGAACUGGGAGACUCGGGGGACCUUGACACUCCCAUCAACCAAGCAGAUGGGGGCGGAAGGUUCCCUGAAUAAAAGCAAAUCACUGUUUUGUCAGACCAGUCACAGCCACGUGGAAAAGAUGGAUCCCAUGGAAUCAAAUGGCAGCAACCAGCGGAGAGAUGGUGGUGUGGCUGCGGGGGUCCCCUCACCAGAGAACAGUCCCGAUGGGAAACAUCGGAAUGUGAGGAAAGGCCCCGGCCUUGUGGACCCGCAGACUAGCUGCAUCCGACAGAUCCUGCUGCUGCAACUGGAACUGAUGGAGCAGCAACAGAAGCAACUGCACAGCAAAAACAAAGAGAUUGACGAUCUCAAGGCUGAAAAAGAGAUGCUGAAAGCACGGAUUGAGCGCAUGGAACGAAGAUUGGAGAUGGUGAGAAAAGAUGGGGGAGAAUCUCGUCCCUCUCAGACGCCCCGGCGCAAGGAACCAGAGACAGAGACCGCCACUUCAGAUGAAGCCCAGUGUGAGACAGAAGGAAAAGACCUGAAAAAGAGGUUUCCUUUCCAGGACUCUCGGACGGGCAGAUCGCGACGUGGACAGCCCAAGUCACCGCUACCGCCAUCACCACAGGAGGACCCAGCUGUGAAGGAGGAACCUCAGGAGAAGAUGGGUCCUGAAUUACAGGCACAGUCAGAAGAACUGCUUUACGUGGAUACCACUGAGAUGUGCCACUGCUGCUGUCAUCAGCCACAGCCGUCGCUAUGGCACGACUCUACCCCUGAGCAUGAGGAAACAGUUGUAGUUCCUUCAUGGCGAGAGAACAUUGUAAAGCCGCUGGGGCAGAAGGAGGCCUCGGACAUCCCCGAGUGUCUGGAUGACAGUGUCUUUUUGAAGCGUCAUUCAAAGCUUGAACUGGAUGAGAAGAGAAGAAAGAGGUGGGAUAUCCAGCGUAUUCGUGAACAGAGGAUGUUUCAGCGUCUGCAGCAGAGGAUGAAUAAGAGGAAGAUGAAUCAGGAGAGCGAACCAGAGGUGGUCUCCUUCUAUCCAAAUCCUGAAGAUGUGGAGUCUAUUAUGGUGACACCAUUUCUGCCAGUGGUGGCUUUUGGAAGACCUCUCCCUAAUCCGAAACAGCAAGAUUUUAAAUUGCCUUGGUUGAAUGAACGCAGUACCAGCCGAGCUGAGGUGCCCAAGAAAAGGACGCCCCACCGGACAUGUCGCAAAUGAAACCACCACAUAUAGUGGUGAUAACAGGCAUCUCUCACCGCCGAUUCAACAGGAAACCGAUUCCUUCAUGCCGUCCUGUGUGAUUAAAGCUGAAUUUUGGCCUUGUACUCUAUCACUAGAUUGCACUUUUGUCGCAGAUUAUGGGCUGACUUGGAUCCCUCUAAAAACCCCCUGCUUGGCAUCUAUGAGAAACUGUGUUUUGUUCAGUACUGUCUAAGAGAAAAACUUCAACAGUCACAUCCUUGAUCAUGAUGACCUCUACGGUGUAGAAUGUAACACAUGAUCACGUUUGUGUCAUAUCUUGCUUGAGCAAUAUGGACCAAAGCUUCUACCGUAACACAUCUGGCAUAAUGUAUUAAACCACAACUGCAAAACUGUACAUGCUGCAUUUUUUGUCGAUUGUUGGUGGGUUCCCUUCAGAUGUAGAAGGAAUUGUAAAUGUUUUAAAUGUGUUAUGUUAAUUGUAUCAUAAAGCUUUAUUCAAAGAAAAUGUGUAAGAUACUUACAGCUGCAGAAAUUAUUUCAAAUAUUAAAAGUCAAAAAUGGA